UCUCUCACGUACUACACAAACAAUCUCCCCCAACCUCCGCCUAAUUUAAUUACUUGCACUUUAUUUGUGGUCACAACUAAUUAGCAACUAAUGGCAGCUAAGAGGCUGCACAGCGAUUCCGAUCACCACCCGGCCGACAAAACGGAUGAUAAACGCAUGCGACGGUUACCGUCUUUCUCCACAGUGAUUAGAGAAGCUAUGAUGAGGAAGUCUUUGCAAAACUUCUUUUUUACUCUGGAACCGCUCCUUCGCAAAGUGGUGCAAGAAGAGGUCGAACGCGUACUAGUGCUUCAUACUCCACGUAUGCUUGAAAGGCCUCAGCAGAAGCAAAUCGAGGCGAUGGAAUCGUCGGGCAUGAAACUAAUCUUCAAAAGCCAGCCCUUUCUUCCGAUUUUCACCGGCAGCAAGGUAGAAGAUGCGGAGAAUAGCCCUCUCCAAAUCCUCCUUGCGGAUACUUGUAGUAACGGGGAGUACUGUUCCCCUUUAUCUUAUCCCUCACCAUUGAAGUUAGAGUUGGUCGUUCUUGAUGGUGAUUUCCCUCCUGACGGCCGUGAGAACUGGACGCCCGCGGAGUUUCAGAAGGCCAUUCUCAAGGAACGGAACGGCAAGAGGCCGCUUCUCACGGGCGACGUGAAUGUUAUACUGAGGGACGGAAUUGUUAUGAUCACGGAGCUACAGUUCACGGACAAUUCGAGCUGGGUGAGGAGCAGGCAUUUUAGGAUCGGAGUGAGAGUCGUUCCCGGGAGCUACGACGGGCCGAGGAUCAAAGAAGCCAUGACCGAGCCCUUCACUGUCAAAGAUCACCGCGGAGAAUUGUACAGGAAACACCACCCCCCCUAUCUUGGUGACGAGGUGUGGAGACUGGAGAAGAUUGGAAAGGAUGGAGCCUUCCACAAAAAGCUGGCGUUGCAGCACGUAAACACCGUUCAGGACUUCUUGAAGCUAUUUGAAGUCGAUCGCCAUCACCUCCGUGAGAUACUGGGGGCGGGGAUGUCCGAUCGAAUGUGGGAGGUCACGGUAAAUCAUGCAAAAGAAUGCGUCCUCGGAGACAAGAUUUACGUGCACCGUGGGCCACAAUGCACUCUCUUUCUAAACCCGAUUUGCCAAGUCGUGAAAAUUGUAUUCGGCGAUAUGAGUUACGACUCGACGAAGGAGCUCCCCAGAACUCAGAAAAACUAUGUACAGCAGCUGGUCCAAGAGGCCUACCGACAAUGGGACGCAUUAGAAGAGGCUGAAGGUCUUUUUCCUGGGAACAUUCCCCUAAUUCCAAAUGAAUCCGUCAUGCAUGAAGACUCAGGAAUAUUACUGAACUGGAACCCUAAUGACACCCAAGGAGGAGGAGCAACAGACAAUUACCGAGUGGAGGGUUUUGAAGAAGAUGAGACCCCAGCAGGAAACUGGCAAGUUGCCUAUAGUGGUUCAACCGGAUGGGGUUACAUGCACAACAUGACUGGCUAAAACCAUAGCAAAAAUAUUUGCUUCAGCUUUUGAGAAAACCAAAAAAAAAAAAAAAAAAAAAAUGCCCUGUUUCAGAAAUCUGCAGCUUGAAGAGAAGCUGGGAAUAGAGUAGGUGUACAUUACUAAGAAUAAAAGGGGAAUGAAGUUUUAAUUAGGUAAUUAAUUGCUGCAGCCCUGUUGCUUGCACUAAGAUGACUACGUUCUUGGUAUUUGUUAAUUCUUUCAAUUCUGUUUUCUCGUAGGAUGCAUGAUGUUUUAGGUUUGCGUUGAGCCUAAAUUUGUUGUGAAGAGGUGGAUGUAAUAUGAUUUAUCAUUUGCAACCACUAGAACAUGUGUAAUUUGUGUUCUAAGUAGAGUUGUUUCCUUCCCUAUAGUAUCAACGAAAUUAUAGUAAAGAAAAUAAAUCUUCUUUACUUGUAUCCAACUAGCUAGCUCUUGAAUGAAGAUUGGUUUACAUUUUACUUCAUGA